CAAUACCAAUGACGUUAGCCCUAAUCGGCCAUUUUGUGCUUUGUGAUUUUAGCGUAGCGUUUUGAUCUUGUUGCAAGAUUGUAAAGUUUUUUCGCACUUGUAUUUAGUGCUCGUGACUGUUAUUUUUUGUGUUUGGUGCUGUAUUAUUAACAUUGUGACUGUGGUAUUUCAAAGUAGUGAAGGAAUGACAAUGGUCCCCCAAAAACGGAUCUUUCUCAAUUCCUGAAGAGGACGAGGUAAUAGCUCAAUGGUCGCCUUACACUCAAAAAACUCUGCGGGGUCGCUGAUAAGGUCGUAGAAAGACAGUGUAAUAGUUUCUGGAGAAGUGGAGAACAAGCCAGAUCUAGGUUAAGAAGCUUAAAUCCAGAUAAAAGUAGCAACUGUGAUUUAUUUGGCGAAAUGUAAUCCACGAACUAAAGAAAUCGUCCAACGGUCCAAACCUUUUUUCAAAAAAUGAGGCAAAGAAACUGCGCCCCUCGGGACCAAGACCUGGCUCGCUCGCAACCAAAAUCUUCAGUUGUGAGCAGUACCCCAAUGCCAUUUAGUCGGCACAAAAACUUUCUUCCGAAUGCCAGUAAUUCAGUGUCACCCAUUACCGUCGUCAAACCGGGCAACGUAACCAAACCGGCGAAAGCGAGCACAUCAGCGAACUCACGUACCAAACUCUUCAAAGCAGAAAUAUCGACACCGAUCACGGACACUUCGAUCAGAAGCCAGCGCUUGGAAAACAUUGUGUUGUCGUUACACCGGUCUCUUCGCGCCGAACCUGUGGUCAACAACCAGCGCUUGGAUAAAAAUGCCUCGACAAUGUCUCGGAAAAACGCAAAUAUUUUCGAAACCACUGAUAAAAUGAUGCAAACUUCCAAUAAUAAUUCAUUAACGGGGGCGAAAAAGCUGGCAAGGAGCAGGAGAUCCAACUGUGAUCUUUCAUUCUCUAGGAAUGAAGAACUCCAUUUUGAGAAAAUGGUCGCGGAGAAGAGGCUCGCAGAUUUGAUCGACAAGUUAGAAGACAAUUUUUUGAAGAGACCGCCUGUGGAAUCCCGAAUGGAGGAGAAUUUUUCGAGAAUUGGUACUGGAGUACCAUGGCGAGUGACGAUUGUACCUCAUGAAAAUGUUGCGUUAAAUGCAAAUACUUUACUAGCGUUUGGAAGUUCCGAUGAGGAGUCUUUUGAUGACACUUUCCUACCAAAAAUGCGCCCGAAACCCAAAGUUCUCGUUAAUAAAAAGAAGUUGAAAAGGGGUUCGGGAAGAUUUUUGAAGAAUGCAACGAAAAACGCAAAGCAGAGUAAACUAAAGCUGGAUGAAAGAAGUAUGACUAGUUCAGUUGCAAGUGAAGUACCUCAAACGGCGGACCAAGGACGGAUGAAAAGUAGGGCAAAGGGAAAGGAAAAAGAAAGGGUUGAAACUUUAAUAAAGGAACCAGAAGAGAAUCCAGGAGUUAAAAAUAAAAAGAGACAAAGCCGAAGUGGAACUAAAUCACAGACGAAACAUAACGUACUAGACGCUAAUCAUUUUCAAGAAGUGACGUCUAAUAGUGAACUAUUCACUGAACGUUUUUUGAACGAGGAAAAUAAAAAAGUUGAAAGUACACGGAAAAGACAGAAGAAACGGGAUAGGACUGAAAGUCCGCUCAAAAAACUAAGAAAAUCAGAUAUAAACGAUUCCAAGAGUGGCAAGCAAAAUAUGACACAAGACGAUGGAGAAAUGGUGUCAUAUGGUACAAAUACGGAUAACUGGAGAAAUGACUUAUUUGGUGAAAGUUCGAUGAAAGAAAUGGAACAUUUGGAGAAGGGAAAUAAAUCAGGGCAAAGUUUAAAGAAAGAAAAAAAGAAACAGAACGCAAGUCCAUCAAAAAAACAAAAAGCAAUAGUAAAGUGUUUUGCAAAUAAAAAUAAGGAACACAGUGUCACUGAUGACAGUGGUUUCGAUGAAUCGCAAAGAGUGUCAGUUAAGGCGGUCGUACAUGCAAGAGCUACACAAAAAAACAGUAAAAAGCCAGCAGGAACACAAAAACAACAAUUAAGAAAUGUAGACAAUAUACAUAUUUUGGAAGACGUAAUGACUAAUAGUGAUGAAGAAACGUCACGCAAAGUUGAAAUAUUUUUUGAAUCAAAUAAUCAGGAUACUAAUUUCGGUGCACCGAAUCUGGACAAUUUGCAACAGUUACGAACUAUUACCAAGAAACCAUCACUAAAUAACAGCGUUAAUAAAUCAGCUGGAAAAAGUACAGCGAGGAAAACACAAAAUAAAGAGAAAAAAAAGCAGACAAAACAUUCUACAACGAAGUCUAAAGCCCAAAGUACAACAGGAAUUACUGAAACGACAACUGACGAGACAACAGGAUGUAUGCAAAGGAGAUCGGGAAGGCAACGAAAACAAACAAAGAUUUAUUCAGCUGGUUACAUCCUAUGCACUGAAAGGGACAGAUAUUAUAAAGUCGCAACGGCGGUAAGGGAUAUAUCACAAGUAACGCCUGAAUGUUCAUUUCGACUUUCGGGACUACAAAAACGGCGUACUCGUAUAACUCAAAUGCCACCAAUUAUGGAGCCGGAAGUUGAAAUGGAAGGUAAUACUCAAAAGUCGAAAAGGAAAACUAAGAAACCGGCUAAAAAACAAUCAAGUAAGAAACUAAAGAAAGAUGAGACCCCAAAACGUCAAGAAACCAGAACUGUUUCUGAAUCGGAGACAAAUCUAACCAGAAGUGAUUACAUUGUUGGAGAAAAUGUAAUUACCUCCGAUUAUGUUAGUGCAGAAAAUGUUGCACAAAACACUCAAACACCAUUUGUAAGACUAGAAGAAGUAACUUCAAGGAACAUUGGUUCUGAAGAACUUCAUAACACCGUCUUUUCUUCACCACCGUUCCAAGCACAAGAGAGUAUCAAGAAAAAUUCUGUUAUAUCUGGAAGAAUAUCUAAACGGUCUAGUACCAAAACCAGCGCGAAAAAAACUAGGGAUUCCUUGAAAAAGGUAGUCGAGACUCAACGCGACUCAAGCGGUAAUUUCAUGAUCUGUCCAGCAACUAAUGAGCUUAUUAGAUACAGUUUCAAAAAUCUGGUGUACAAACCGAGCGCUAAUUUGCCUGGUGUCAUGUACGCUGUGACGGAAGAUCUAAAAUUGGGUUGGUUGAAGAUAAGCGGAGGAAUGUCAAAGCCAUUGUUUAAAACUAAGAAUCACACUAUGUCGUUCGUAGUUGUAGAAGGAAAAGCGGAGGUGGGGAUACAGGACAAGUGUGAUUUGUAUAAAAAACACGACAUAUUUAUUGUUCCACAAGGAGCGGAAUAUUACAUAAAUAACAAAAAUAAAACUAACCCCUUGCUAUUGGUUUUCUUCAAAGUCGCAUAUGCGGACAAACCGACGUAAUAAUGAUACUCUUGGCGACAAAUUUAGUUAGUAGUGUUUCUUACAUUAUCGAGUUCAUUUGUUAUUUAGUUAUACUUUUCAUUAAGAAUAUGAAUAUUGUAUCUUUAAUAAAAAGUUUACAGAA